AUGGCUCAUGCUGCAGUGGUUUCUCUUAUGCAGACUCUCGAUGAGCAAGUCAUACUGCAUAGUGAUCAACUUCAAACUCUUCUCAGUAAGAAAGAAACCAAAUCUUUCCAUGAAAAUCUUGGUUUCUUGAGAGAUUUUCUUGAACAUUCUUCACAAACAGGCAAUGAAGCAAUCAGAAUUCUUGAACCAAAAAUCAGAAAUGCAGCUCUUGCAGCACAGCAUAUCAUUGAAUCUCACAUCUCAAAUUAUUCACAAUUAUCUCAAUGUUAUAGGGAAAAUUUGUCUUUAUGGCAAAUACUCUCUGGAGAGAAGCAUCAUAUUGUGGAUAAGCAUUAUCAACGCUUACACAAAAUAAUACAAGAAACUGAUUCCAUCACGAAAGAAGUGAUGACGAUUAAGAUGACAUUAGAACAUCUGCAGCCUCGAAAAUUUCUGCGAGCUCGCCUCUCAAAACUUGCUUCCAAAGCCAAGAUUGUUGUGCUGGGAUCCAAUAAUGAGUUGACACAUAUGAAGGAUCGGAUGACAAGUUACUCGUCAAAGCUCAAUGUUGUCACGAUUCAUGGGACGGACUGUUGUGGUAAGACUACUCCUACUCAAAAUGUUUUUGAUGAUCCACUUACUGAAUAUCACUUUCCAAUUCGUGCAUGGAUAACGAUUCCUCAAGAAUAUAGUGAGUGA